CAGUAAUUAAAGUGAUGUGAUGUCAUCAUCGUUAUUUCUUCUUGUCGAAUUGGAUGUUUAUUUAAAUAGUGGGGUCUUAUUACUAAAUUAUUACGGAAUUUUAUAUAAACUGUUGCUUUUCCCUGUCCUCAGUUAUAAAGCUGGCUCGAGGACAUUACGGUAAGACCAUGUGUGCAUUAUUUUACCGAAAAAUAUAAAAUUUUGCACGUAGAUAUAACUGUGGACAGUACCAUGUCAGGUACAGAGCAGAAUAUAGUUAACUCUAUGCAACAAUUAUCUGUACAACCAAGCAAUAGUGGUCCUACAGAGAAACCAACUCAAGUAGUUACUCCAGCUGUUAAUAGAAGUCAACCUUCUGUUGCUGCAAAAGUUACACCAGUGAAGGCAAGUACAGUGUCUCCAGCUAUUGCAACUAUUGAUCGACUUUUAAGCCUUGGUGCGAAUAUACCACCACCUCCUCCUGUUAUCACACGGCCAACGGACAUGGAUCCACAUACAGUUGAACAGCUACGGGCGGUAAAAGAGUUAUUAACAACUCAAGAGGAAGAGGCACAAAGUUUGAGAGAUCUUAAUCGUGAACUACGAGAACGUCUUGAAGAAUGUGAAGCAAAAAUAAAAAAGUUAUCAGAACAAAAUGAUGAAUAUGCAGAAAAAGAAAAAACACUCUCUCAAAGAGUUGCAGAGAAAGUCAGAAACAACAAACAAAUGAGUGUGGUUAUGGAAGAAUAUGAAAGAACUAUAUCAUCUCUAAUAGGUGAACGUGAAGCAGAGUCCAAAAGAUGGAUUGAAGAAAGAGCUACUCUGGUCCAAGAAAGAGAUGAGGCUGCAGCUCAUUUGGCAUCAAUGGAACAUGCAUUUAAUGAUGUGCAUACUAAAUAUGAAAGGUGCAAAGUUAUUAUUCAAGGAUAUAAAAGCAAUGAAGAAACUUUGAAACAUACUGUUGAAGAAAAUAAUGAUGCUAUUCAGAAGUUGGAGGCUAGGUAUGAAACUUUAAGACAACAUGCUAUGCAACAACUUAAUAAAGCCAAUGCAGAAUUGGACUCAGUGAAAAAAGCUCACCAAGCCGAAAUUCUGAAACUGAAUGCAAUGCUGAAGAAAAGUGAGGUGCAUGCAUCUUCUUUGCAGGAAUCCUUAGCACAGAAAAUAAAAGACAAUGAAGAACUCACAGCUAUAUGUGAUGAACUAAUUAACAAGGUUGGUUAAGUUAUGCAUUUCAUCAAUGCAAUAAUACCUUAUGUAUUUUAUAUUUGUAUCUGCAGAUAAAUAUCAUUUAAAAUUAGUGUAGUACACAAAAAAUCUACAUUUAAUAUUUAGAAAAUACUGUAAUACCUAAAUACAAACAAUUAUUGUUAACCAUUUGUAAUUUUUUACAUUGUAUGUAAUUAUUUUUAAUAUCUUGUGCAAUUAAUCUUUUAUUAUUUUUUUUUAUUUUUGUACAAUUUUAUGAUUUUAAUAAUUAAGUUUUUAAUUCCUUGUGACAAUUUUACUCUAAAUGAUUAUUUUAAUGAGAUUAAUAUUUUAGUGUCUGAUAGACACAAAAAUAAUUAAAUGAGAAACUUUCUUGUAAGUAAUUUUUACAUGCUGUGUGCUCUCUGGCUAUAUUCAAAGAUCUGUCCCCAUUUAUAAUAACUACCUAUUGUAAUAAUACUCUAUAUCCAAAGAUGAUAUUGAAUCAAGAAACUAAGUUGGGGAUUGUUCUACCUACACACUGAUAAACCUAGAGAUACAUUCUUAAGUUAUUUCUACUAUUUCAUAAGAAAUACUAGCUGCCAUAUUUAAUUUUGAAAAUUUCUUUGUGUAUAAAUUAUAAGUAUUUAAAAGUUAUGUAUGUGCUUAAUAUGUAGUUUAAACAUAAAAAUGUUUGAUAUAAUUUUCUUAUUAAAUGUAAGUUUCUACAUACACAUCGAAAAAUAUUUAAGUUCUUCAUAAAAAAAAAUUUUUGGCAUCAUAAAUGUUGGUUCAUUCUUCUAGUUUUUAAUAUUGCUUUGAAAAGGACUAGCAAGGAUAACACUUGAUAAUAUAAAAAAAAAUUACUGUGUACUCAUGUCUGAGAAUUUGAUAAGAAACAUGUUCAUAGCUUUCUCUACUAAUAAUUGUGACAUUAAUAGAAAUUAAUAGAAUCUAGAAAACUGCACUAAUUGCUUGAAUCCCUCUAAAAAGUCUGCUUUAUUUAGAAUGUCUGCUGAGAUGAAACACUAUACCAAAAAUAUAGAUGGUACCUUAUUAUAAUAAUGUAAUGAAAAAAUAUUAUUAAUUGGUCCUUUAAUUUAUAUAAUUUAUUAUAACAAAUAACAUACAGGAACUGAUAUUAUACAUGUGCCUUUUGAAAUCUAACAUUCACCAUCCACUCAGUCCAUUUGAAAUUCCUAAAUGUAUGUAAUAAGUAAUGUAUCCUUAUGUAACUAAAUUUUCAAUAUUAGAAACCAGUAUAUUCUUUUUACUAGAAUUAUAUUUUGGUUAAGUGAAUUUAAUUUACAGUGGAUAAAAUUGUUGAAUAAGCAAAAUAACAUUUUACUAAAAUCUAACAUACAUCUAUUCAACAUUCCACAAGUUAUUUUUAUAGAUCUUUUAUGUGAAUUUUUUUUUUUCUAAAAACUACAUACUUAUUGCUUAUUUUAAAAAUUGAAUAUAUCCAUUAAAAAUAAUGGAUGUGUCUAAUUAAAAGCAAAUGAAAUGUAUUUUUGGUUAGUUUAAGUAUAAUUUUGUAAUAUUAUUACAUAUUUUUAUAACACUGAGUAAUUUUUCAUAUAAAUUACCAACAUUUUAUCAUAUGAAUAGAUCAAACAAAAUAAAUUUAUUUCAUUUGUA